AAUCAAAACUGCCAAACAGCUGACCCAUUGUUGGUUCGGAAAACGCGAAAUUUUGAGCAAAAUUGUAUUGCUAUGUAUUAAUUAACGCCAAAAAUGGACGUCGUAGGUUUAUUGAAUAAUAUAAAUGAUAAAUCCGACAUGUUUGCGGUCAAGACUUGGACAUCGGAGUGGUCCAACAGUUUUCAAGAAAACCAGUUGCUAUGGUCCUUCUGCGGGUGUCUACUGGUGUCUGUGCUAGUCGUGUUUUUCUACUACUAUAGGAGAUGGCGGUCAAAAGAACUAUCAGGCGGCGUGGGCGCAACGGGCGCGGCGGGGGAGCCAGCCAAGCGUUUCCGCAAACGGGACAAGAUGCUGUUCUACGGUCGAAGAAUGCUGCGCAAAGUCAAAUCCAUAUCCAACUCGGGGCAGGGCAGGAAGCGGCGUGCCGUCAUGCGCUUCGCCAGGAAACUACUGCAGCUGAAGAAGGAAUCGGCGCCUGAGCAACUCAAGGUUCUGGAGCCCCCAGCGGAAUAUCUAGAAGAGGACCUGACGAGUGACGACCGAGUGCCCCCAGACGCGUUGUAUAUGCUGCACAGCAUCAGAGUCUUCGGCCACUUCGAGAAGCCGGUGUUCCUCAUGCUGUGCAAACACACAGAGAUUUUGAACCUGCCCGCUGGGUCUUUUUUGUUUAAAGUUGGUGACACGGACGAAAAUGUAUACGUAGUGCAGAAUGGGCGCGUGAACGUAUACAUCACGAACCAAGAUGGCAGCAGCUUGUCUUUGAAGAUCGUACGUGCAGGGGAGAGCGUCACCUCCUUGCUGAGUUUUACCGAUGUGCUAACGGGUCAUUCACAACCAUACAAAACAGUCAAUGCAAAGGCGUUAGAAGACUCGCAAGUGAUCAAACUGCCCAUGAGAGCGUUCCAAGAGGUUUUCAAGGAGUACCCUGACAUAUUUGUGCGCGUUAUACAAAUCAUUAUGGUGCGACUCCAGAGGGUAACAUUCACAGCUCUCCAUCAGUAUUUGGGUCUGAGUGCGGAAUUGGUCAAUCCGGGCCGCGAAAGACGUCGCCCAAUGACAGUGGCGUCGUCCCCCGGCAAGACUGGCAAGGUGACAGUUGACAGCAGCACGACUAUGCAUUCGCCGCACCACAGCGAGAGAACAGUGCCUGAACACGUGCAUGCUCAGGACGGCAACCACCAGACGUCGUCGCCGAUACACAUCCAAGGACGCAAACCCAGGCCCGACAUGGUUCCCGAUAUCACGUCCAACACUCCACAGCAACAACCAGACGUACAGCCCACUCCACCCUUACAAAGGAGCAGAGAAGGGUCGUCUUUCAAGAAACACAACACGGAUAAUCUUGAUGAGCAGGCGCUAAUCCAAAUAGCCACGGAGGCGUUCGUAAAGGAGUUGGGUCUGGAAAGCGACCACGUGCUCCGCGGCAACGUGCAAGUUCGAGACUUGCCCGCCGGCACGUAUAUCAUGAAGGAGGAAAGCCACAAGGAUGUGGCGUUGGUGUAUCUUUUGUCCGGAGCGCUGUUGGUGUCUCAGAGAGUCGCGGAAGGGGAGGGCGAAGUUCACAUGUUCACUGCUUAUCCAGGCGAAGUCGAAGGCGGUCUAGCCGUGCUAACCGGCGAACCAAGCUUCUUCUCCAUCCGGGCCAAACACUUCUCUCGCAUCGGUCUUGUAUCCAAGAGUACAGUGUACAGUAUCAUGCGAGAACGGCCAUCUUGCGUGCUACAUAUCGCCAAUACGGUCGUUAGGAGGCUGUCGCCUUUCGUGAGGCAGGUGGAUUUUGCUUUGGACUGGGUAUUCUUAGAAUCCGGCCGCGCGGUAUACCGCCAGGACGAGGAGUCAGGGUCCACCUUCAUAGUGCUGAGCGGCCGGCUGCGGUCCGUCAUCACGCACCCCAACGGCAAGAAGGAACUGGUCGGCGAGUAUGGCAAGGGCGACCUGGUGGGGAUCGUUGAAAUGGUGACCCAAACCCGUCGCAGUACAACCGUGAUGGCCGUCCGAGACUCGGAACUGGCCAAACUGCCCGAAGGCUUGUUCAACGCGAUCAAACUUCGAUUCCCGGUGGUAGUGACGCGGCUUAUCAACCUGCUGGGACAUAGGAUUUUAGGUUCCUGGCAGAAGCCGACCGCCGGCCUGGGCGCGGCCGCGGCCAUAGACCCGCGGCCAUCGCAGCACAACUUUUCAACGGUCGCCGUAGUACCGGUCAGCGACGACGUGCCGUUGACGGCGUUCACUUACGAGCUGUAUCAUUCGCUGUGCGCUAUCGGUCCGACGGUGCGCUUGACAUCUGACGUCAUAAGGAAACUACUCGGGCUCACAAUCAUGGAUCCAAACAACGAGUAUCGACUCAGCUCUUGGUUGGCGCAGCAAGAAGAUAAACACAAGGUGGCAUUAUACCAGUGUGAUCCCAGUCUUACACAGUGGACCCAGCGAUGUAUCCGCCAAGCUGACUGCAUCUUGAUUGUGGCGUUAGGCGACAAGCAGCCUAGUAUUGGGAAGAUCGAGAAAGAGAUCGAGCGUCUCGCGAUCCGUACACAGAAAGAACUUGUGCUACUACACCGCGAAGGAGGCGCCAACCCCGCGGGCACUGUGCACUGGCUCAACAUGCGCUCGUGGGUCAGCCAGCACCACCACGUGCGCUGCCCGCACCGCAUGUUCACGCGCAAGAGCCAGUACCGCAUCAGCGAGCUGUACAGCAAAGUGCUGAUGUCAGAAGCGAGCGUGCAUUCUGACUUCUCCCGUUUGGCAAGAUGGCUGACGGGCACGUCAGUGGGACUCGUACUCGGCGGUGGCGGCGCGCGGGGAGCAGCACACGUAGGAAUGAUCAGGGCUAUACAGGAGGCUGGGAUUCCUAUAGACAUGGUGGGCGGAGUCAGUAUCGGAGCAUUUAUGGGCGCUCUCUGGUGUAUGGAGAGAAACAUCACUACUGUCACGCAAAAGGCCCGCGAGUGGUCGCAGAAAAUGACCCAAUGGGGCAAGCAGCUCCUAGACCUAACCUACCCAGCCACCUCAAUGUUCUCCGGUCGUCAGUUCAACACGACCAUCCGGUCGACCUUCGGGGAAGUGCACAUUGAAGAUCUCUGGCUUCCUUACUUCACUGUGACCACCGAUAUCAGUGCCAGCUGCAUGAGGGUGCAUCGACAUGGUUCGCUCUGGCGUUACAUUCGCGCUUCGAUGUCGUUGAGCGGAUACAUGCCCCCACUCUGCGACCCUGUAGACGGCCACCUAUUAUUGGACGGCGGUUACGUCAACAAUCUGCCAGCGGACGUCAUGAGGUCUCUGGGCGCUAAGCACAUCCUGGCGAUAGACGUGGGCUCCCAGGAUGACGUCGACUUGACUAACUACGGAGACGACCUGUCCGGCUGGUGGUUACUGUGGAAGAGAUGGAACCCAUUCACGACUCCAGUGAAAGUGCCAAACUUGCCUGAUAUCCAAAGUAGACUUGCUUACGUGUCUUGCAACAGACAAUUAGAGGAAGUAAAAAAAUCCGACUACUGCGAGUACAUUCGACCCCCAAUCGACGCGUACAAGACGCUCCAGUUCGGUUCCUUCGACGAGAUCCGCGAGGUGGGCUACCGGCACGGCGCCGCCUACUUCGAGGGCCAGCGGCGGGGCGGCGGCGGCGGCGUCAGCGGCGCCGCGUGCGAGGGCCGCCGGCCUGACGUGCAGCCCUCGCUCACUGAUUACACCUUCACGGAUCUUGCCCAAAUGGUGUGCUCGGUCCGGACAGGCCGUGACGUCGACAACGAUUCGGCAUCGUCGUCCGACUACGACGAAGACCAGCGACACUUCGAGGGUUACGCUUCGGAGCCCAGCGCUGGGAUUCUCGAGGAGGGCCUUCGCACCCGUCGCGUCGGCGGCAGCCUGUCCCUCUCGGAGGACGAAAUAGACUCGGAGACUGAGAUGUAUGACCCUCUGAACAAACGCGGCGGGGGCAGGUGAGACCCGACUCUGCACGAUCUGUGCAAGGCGUUAUACGAAUAUGUUCUCAGUGAGAGCAGCGAUUAGGACAGUACCCGAUUGUGAGGGCAUGAAGCUUGCCUUGUGUUUAUGAAUAGGGUUUGUAACCAUAAAGUUAAUACCUAGCGGAAUAGAACAACAAAGAACUGAGCGAGCGAGAUGUCAAUAGCAGCAACACUGUGUGAUAAAAAGAUGCGUGAUGCCGUCGCCGUCACGUCAAACGGAACAGUUUUUUGCAACUAUUUUACAGUUCGGAGGCACUUAUUGGCACGCUGAAAAUUUGAACUGAGAUAUUUUCAGAUUUUACGUGAGUGUAAUAGUGGAUGUUUAUGAGAAAUUGCGCUUCAGAAACGUGGUGACUGGUUCAGUGAUUGAUUUAUUGUACAAAACAGUGAAAUAAUCCUGACACUGACACACAUCAUACCUAGUGUCAUCCAAAAUCGGUUUCGUUUGACAGCUCGUGGUUGUUGCUCUAUUCUGAAGGAAUUAUCUUUAUGGGUGUAACCGGGCAUGAAAUGUGCCCGGUUAAGGAAUGAACCGGUACGUAGUUGUGUGUGAAGUUUGUGAUAUACCCGCUGUGAAAAGCUGAAUGUAUUGGAGAUUUGAACCGGUAUAGCAUAGUGACGUUAUUUGUAUAAAUGUAAACCGGUUGUAACUUAGAUGUGGUGUACCGUAUUGGAAAUAUGAACCGGUUUAAACGUAACCAUGUACUGUACCGUGUAAGUUUGUAAUAGGCAGCUGGUCAUGAGAUAGAUUUUGUCAUGAUAAUAUGGAAAUUUUCAACCGUUAACGAUCAAUACGAAACUGCAAACAAAGUGUAAUAAGUUCCAGUGAGAUUGUUAUGUAUUUGGCGAGUGAGAUUAUUUCUCUUAAGUUGAAUAUGAAAAAUUAUGUAAAUAAGAUAGAAGUUCCCUUAAAUCUUGAUUUGUACUCCAAAGUAAAAUUGGCAAUCAUUGGUAGUCAAUGAAGAUAAUACGCCCAAGUAUUUUUUUGAGAAUAUAAAUGCCUAAACAUGUUUACUACAGAUGUAACGCAUAACUAAGCCAGUGCCCGAGGCAUGGGAGCGGCUCGGGAGGGUGUUUUUGUUACGUCAAACGUCAGCGAGACUUCAUCUGUCUUCAGGCAGGGUACUCACCUGCCAUGUAGCACGUAACGUAGCAUGUAACGUAACCAACCUUCAAUUGAGUACGGCUCGUCCACGGUCAUCGCGUAUCUGGCUGUGAGCUCCUGAAUCCUACUGCGAGCCGCCCUUGUGCUCGCAGUGAUACCGCCACUCGGCGGGGCUCACUUGAUACAGUAUCUGAUACAUGACAUGCACACGGCUAGAUGAGUACCCUGCUUCGACUUAUGUACUCUGUCACUUAUAAUAUGUUUUAAACCUUUGUUUGUCACCUGUCAUCCGCUUUGCAAUGGAGGGAAGUCGAACCUUAAUUUCGAACUCCUCCUAUGUUCUUCUGAUUAAUUUCGUUGCGGGUCCAAUGACAGUUUAACUUUCCCCCGGGACAAACUUGACCUUCAUUGGUUGGGUUUUUGUGGCGGUCAAGCUGUAGAUCCUGGCUACACAGGAGUUGCAGUGGUGGGAACGAGAGGUGGGAAUAGUCCUUUAUAAUAUGUCACUCCUCCCGUGUCGCUUCUAUACCUCAGGCACUGACUCAGUUAUGAGCUGAACUCAGUUAUGUCCUGUAGUAGUAAAUUUCAUUGAAUGGUAGAGAAAUAUCAUACAGCGAGUACAGUUUAUGAUUGAAUACCGUUUCUCACCAAAGUGAAGGCGGAGUUUCCUGGCGGAGCAGAGCUGUGCUCAACGUUUCAACUAAAGCUUCGGAGAUAAGACCUUUCGUUUAGUUUCUUCUCCGCUUUGGUAGAAAACUGCCCUUACUAUUUUUAAUUAAAGCUUAAGGUUCUUCCUAUUAAUUAAACUUAAUACCUACCUCCAUUGAGUCUCAGAAAAAUUAAUAGCUAGCCAAAAUAAAUGUAGGUGUCACUUUAGUAAACUUAAUGUUUAUUAUUGGUAUUAUAUUAGACAAUAAUAUAAUGUAAUUCAGGGUAAUUGUGUCGUUUUCUCUGUGAAAUUAAUAUUCCAAAGUGAUGUUAUUUGCUAUAAUUAUUUGCUACUAUACUAUAUCAGUUCUAUUUUAUAAAAAGUCUUUUUAAUUUAUUUACAUAUAUUCCAAAUAAAUGAAUGUGUGGGUUGCAUAUCGGGAGUCCUAGUAUAAAGAUACUAAAAUAGUAGCAACACUGUUUUAAUAAAUAAAAUUGUUGGAGGUAAGAUAGCCAUUUCCUCUGUGGUUGAGGAUUCCAGGUGAAGUUCGCAUCCACCUUCGGCCAUCAUUACUUACCAUCAGAUGAGAUCCAGGCCAAGUGUUUCUCCGUUUAAAAACCUAGUGUGAUUAGCUAAAUUGUGCAAUAUAAGAAGUGAUUUUGGACCUUACCUAAAAUUAAUAUAAUUUGAGAUUCUUAAUUGUAUAAUUGUAUUGUAUCUGUAAAUUUUUGUUAUGUUUUAUCAAAAUAUAGUGAAAUUAAUGUAAGAUUGCCUGUGCCAUAGUGUAAGCGAGGUAGUGGGAUGCACAAUAGCAUAAAUUAUAGAAUCGAAGGAGACCACAAAUUGAGAACAGCGCAUUUGUCUGUGGUUUAAGAGUUGUUUAUGGUUAGGUGAGUCACAGGGCACAAUAGCAAAAGAUAUAUGUAUGGGACAGUCAGUGUUAGAUAAUAGGCUAGAUGACAAAAUUUCAAUUACAAAAAUAUGGGUAUAAUAUUUUCUAAUUAUCUGUCUGACGGACAUUUGUCUGAGAUAAUUAGAAAAUAUUAGACCCAAAUUUUUAUUUUCUUUCAUAAUUAAAUAAUAACAGUGCUACAUCGAGUUGAAAUGGCGUGUUACGUCACGCUUGAGAUUUUUUACUCAAAAGUGACGUCACGCGACAUUUCAACUCAAUAUAGUACUGUAAUUAUUCGAUUAUGAAAAUAAGUAAGUAUAUGUACUUAUGUGUCCAAAUUUUUUUAUUAUCUGUCUGACAGACUAAAUAGAAUUUCGAUUCCAUUACCCAGUCAUCAUCCCUAUUUUAGAUAUUUAAAUAGAUGUUUUCUGUCUAUUAGAUACGUAUAAAUGGCUCCAAUCUUUCGAUAUAUUUUAAACAUAGCGCUUCCAAGCACACUUGUAUACCAAGUGGAUUAUUAAUUUAUGUAUUAAAUAUACUCAAGUAUUUUUUUGUAUACUCGUCAUAUACUAUACUUUAUGCACUUCAAUUUGUACUUAAAUACUACAAAACUGGAGUACGCAUCGCACAGACAAUGCAAAUAGUUUUUAAUUAUGAUAAUUUAGUCGUAUGCUAAGUACCUAUUUAAUAUUUAGGUAUUGUUAUGUAAAUAUUGGAAUAUUUGACAUCAGGACAUUUAGAAAUCAUUGCUGUUUUGACUAAAGUAGAAUGUGGAAUUUUAUUUUUACUUAGGACUGUAUUUUAUUUAGAUAACUUUAUGAUUUAUGUUUUUGUUAUUGUGCAGUUUAGUUAUCUAGCGAUUGAAUAUAAUCGGUCCUAAAGGUUGUAACACACCGGGUUUGUAUGCGUAUACGUACACGUAUACAGUCAGGGUCAAAUAGUUCGUGUUCAAAGUGGCCAAAAAGUUGACAACACAAUCUUAUUCCAAUGAGGGUUUUCGCAAAUGAAAAAUCCGCCAGAUGGCAAUACGUAGACGCGAGGUCCAAAUGCUGCAUGAUUGGUUAUUUUUGACAUGACAUUGACAGAUAUGUCAAAAUCCACCAAUCACGCAGCAGACCCCACAUCCACGUCCCGCCAUCUAGCGGAUCUUUCAUUCGCGAAAACCCUCAUUGUAACAAAGAUGUGUUGCGAACUUUUUGGCUACUUUAGAUGUCACGGACUAUUUGACGCUGAUUGUUAUCUGAUUGUAAUUAUUAUGUAAAUAUUAUAUGAAACUAAAUAUUUAUGUUUGGUGUGUUUCGGCCUUAAAAAUAUUACUCCAAGGUCUACUUUGGUCAAAUAAGUUUCGUACUUUUGUACAAGACUUUUAUGUAUACUACGAGAUAGCUGAUCAGAAUUAAAAUCGUAUUAUAGCGCAGCUCUCGCUUGCUCUCAAGCAAAAAGUUGUAAAGGAAAUACAUAUCGACACCCAAUAUGAAUAACAUUGUAACUGAAAACACGUUUACAACAGCAAGUCUAGUCCAUUUAUGAGAUAAAGUUGCACAAACGUGUAACUUAAGUUACAAUGUUAUUCAUAUUGGUUGUCGAUAAAUAAACUGGAAUAGACAGUAACUUUGUGAGGAAUUUUACAGGCUAACCUGUCUAGUGUAGUAUACAUAAAAAUCUAUGUUCUUAUGACAACAUUAUUGUUGUGGGCACUUAUUUAUUGAUUCUCAUUACAUCGCCGUUAGAAUACUUGGUGCGUAUGUAGGCUGAACGACUGACGUCAUAGCUUUAAGUCCGCCACGAGGCACAAAACACUGUGUAUUUAAACAAACCAAAUGUAGCUCAAUUAGUGUAAUAUUAUUGUAAUUUUUGUUCGAAAACGAAUAAACAUGCUUAUAAAUAAAUAAUAA